AUGGCCAACACUCAAACAUUAAGGGAGCUGGCCGCCCCGGAGCUAACUCACCAGCCCUUAUGCAUCACAUUCCCCACUUUGGCUGAGAAUACUGCUUUCGAACUGAAGUCGGGGUUGAUUCACCUCUUACCUUCUUUCCAUGGUCUCUCUGGUGAAGAACCCCACAAACACGUUAAGGAGUUCGAGGUGGUUUGUUCUAGUAUGAAACCUCCUGGGGUCACUGAAGAGCAAAUUAGACUGAGAGCCUUUCUGUUCUCUCUCAAGGAUAUAGUUAAAGAUUGGUUGUACUACCUACUAGCAGGUAGUAUUACCACAUUGGCACAGUUAAAAAAGAAGUUUUUGGAAAAAUUCUUCCCUGCAUCCCGGGCUGCGAGUUUGAGGAAGGAGAUCUGCAGCAUUAAACAGUAUCCCGGGGAGUCCUUGUAUGAAUAUUGGAAAAGGUUUAACAAGUUGUGCACUAGAUGCCCGCAACAUCAAAUUAGUGAACAACUGUUAAUCCAAUACUUCUAUGAAGGACUCCAAUCAGCUGAUAGGAGUAUCAUUGACGCUGCGAGUGGGGGAGCACUGGCAAAUAAGACACCGAAGGAAGCGUGGGAGCUUAUCGAAGCCAUGACAGAGAACUCCCAGCAGUUUGGCUUCCGUGAGAGCAACCCUACCCGUAGAGUCAACGAGGUAGAGACCUCAUCCAUACAGCAACAACUAUCAGAGUUGACGUCUGUUGUUAGGCAAUUAGCCAUGAGAGACACGUCGCGAGCGAAAGUAUGUGAAAUUUGCACGAGUAUGGACCAUUGCACGGACACGUGCCACAUUUUGCAAGAGGACGGGGUGGAACAGAAUUCAUUUUCUAAUCGUCCACCAGGAUUCCAACAACCGUGGCAACUAAAAGCUCAACCCUCGUCCUCUAGCUCAGGAAAUUCUUUGGAGAAAAUUGUCAAGAGUUUGGCAACAACUACCCCUCAGCUCCAGCAAGAGACUAGAACCUUAGUCACGACCACUGCUCAACUCCAGCAAGAGACUAGGUCCUUGGUCGCAAGCUCUACUCAGUUUCAACAAGACACUAGAGCGGGCAUGAAAGACAUGGAGAUUCGAAUGAGCCAAAUGGCAACUGCCAUUAAUCGCCUGGAGUCCCAUGUCUAUGGGAAAUUGCCUUCGCAGCCUGAAGCAAACCCCAAAAAUGUAAAUGCCAUGACACUGAGGAGUGGUAGAGAAGUGGAAGGACCCAAAGCCACGAACUUGAAAAGCAAGAGUGAAGAUGAAAUCGAGAAGGAGAUGGAAGAGGAAUGA